ACAACAAAUUGAAAAGUCAGCAAAGGCAAUUGCAAAAAGAAAAAAACGAAGUCCCUGGGUGCCCAAAUCGCAGAUUAGUAGUCCCAAUUCCCAGCUGAAAUCGGAAACCCACGGUCACAGGUCGCUCCUCCCGUCCAGCCGUCCUCCGCCAGUCCGCCCCUGCCUGCGACGCUGCCGCCCAGGUGACCAAACGCCCCGCUGGCCGCUGCGGCGUUGCCUGCUGGCUCACCUGGCUGCUUCUCUCUGCGCUGCCCUCAGCUCUACGCGAUUCCGCCCGACCGGCGGCAACCAACCAGUCCGCACCCACUGUUGCUUGUUACAGAUUUGGUCAAUUGCUCUCUUGGCUCUUGCCUCUUGGACUGCCCACAUCCAGUUGUAUAAGAGACAAUGUAUAAUUGGUUGAUAAGAACACCCAAGUCGGGUAAAGACAAGGAUGUGGGAGAAUGUAGUGAACAACAACUACAACAUCCUAAGAGAGCUCGUAUUGAAGUUGAUUUAGAAGCGCUUCCGUCAGAUCCCGGAGAAAGAAAAAGAAUUUCUAUUUUUCAUCCGGAUGAUCAGGAUAAGGUACGAAGAAAAUAUUUACAGAAUGGCCCAUGACAACCGCGCAAUCAUACUUUCUCCCCAAAAAACAUAGGCAAUGUUUUGCGCCGGUUUAACAAAAAAUGGUUUGAUGAUUAUGGGAAUUGGUUAGAAUAUAGUAUAUCUAAAGAUGCAACAUAUUGCUUACCUUGUUAUCUUUUUAAACAAGUUGUGGGAAAACAAAGUGGUGGUGACUCAUUUGUAACGGAGGGUUUUUCUCAUUAUGGUACGUGUCUCAACAUUAUUAUCUUGUUUUCGUCUAUCCUUGAUGUGCUUGAGAAUGUGGCUGAACAUGGUUCAAAUUCUGAACAACGAGUUGAAGCUCAAACACUCUUGCAAUUGGUCCAAUGUUUUGAUUUUGUUUUCACCUUACACUUGAUAAAGAGUGUUCAUGGAAUAACAAAUGAGUUGUCAAAAUGUUUGCAAAGAAAGGAUCAAGAUAUUGUUAAUGCUAUGGAAUUGGUUAAAGUUGCCAAAGAACGAUUGCAAAAUUUAAGAGACGAAGGAUGGGAUAUUCUCUUUGGUGAAGUUUCUUCUUUUUGUGAAAAGAAUAAAAUUUCAAUUCCAAGUAUGAAUGAUUUUUAUGUACCUCAUGGGAGAGUCCGUCGCAAAGUUAUCCAAAUCACAAACUUACAUCGUUACAAAUUGGACUUGUUCUAUGUUGUGGUGGAUAGACAACGCGAAGAAUUGAACAAUCGAUUCACAGAAAUUACUACAGAAUUGCUUCUUUGUGUGACUUGCCUUAGUCCUAAAGACACUUUUUCAUCUUUUGACAAGGACAAGUUGAUUCGUAUGGCUCGAUUAUAUCCUUUUGACUUUUCACCGGUAGAUGUUCUUGCUCUUGAUAGUCAACUUGAAACUUUUAUUCUUGAUGUGCGCUCCAACUCUGCAUUUAUAGAUAUUACAGAAGUUGGUUCUCUUGCUCAAAAAUUGGUGGAGACAAAGAAACAUAUUGUGUAUCCAUUAGUUUUUUUUACUUGUGAAAUUAGCUUUGCUUUUACCGGUGGCCACCGCAACCGUGCAAAGAGCUUUCUCAGCCAUGAAGUUCGUGAAGAACAUGUUGCGCAAUCGAAUGGGGGAUGCUAUGAUGAAUGAUGCCUUAGUUACUUUUAUUGAAAAAGAUAUAUUCAAAAGUGUUGACAAAGAAAAAAUUGUACAACGUUUUCAAAAUAUGAAAACGCGUUGUGGACAGUUGUGACUUAGUACUUUAAGUUUACUAAUGACAAUAUUUGCUUUUUUGCUUUAUAUAUGUACACAUUAUUAUAUAAUAUUGUUUUUCUAAAUUGACACCACUGACACGAACUUCUGGCUCCGCC